UGGGAGAACCGACCAACCAACCCAGCGCUCACAAACGAUAGCACCACGGCAGAGUGAAAACGAGGCGGGGGAUUGGGAAUACAGAGCUAGCGUACUCGAGUCGCAUACUGGAGCAGCUAAGAUCACUGUAAUACCUGGAGGAAAAGUUCCGCACAAAACAACCGCAUUUGGCCAGUUCUUUGAAGAGAAAGAAGAUACCGUUAAAAAGUCUAGAUGAUCCCCAGUGAGAGAUGUGGAUACCCCCAGCCCUCCAAUGCUGAGCACCAAUAGAGGUCAAAGGUCGACAAGGUUAGAAGGGGUCAACACCACCAUGGCUGACAGAGAUGGGCAUGGCGGCGGGGUGGAUGUGCCCACCAUCGCACCAGGCCAGGUGUACGUGGAGGUGGAGUACGACUAUGAGUACACGGCCAAGGACAAGCUGAUCUCCAUCAGGCAGGGGGAGUGCUACAUGCUGGUCAGGAAGACCAACGAGGACUGGUGGCAGGUGAGGAAGGAGGAGGGGAUGAAAGCCUUCUAUGUCCCAGCACAGUACGUCAGGGAAGUGCGCCGGGCGCUCAUGCCCCCUCAGAAGCCUCUCGUCUCGUGCGGGAUUGGUGGGAUGAGUGGGGCGGUCCGUGUGAAGCCUACAGUUCUGGAUAUAUGCAGAGCGUCCAAUGAGAACCUCAACAACAGGCCGCCUCAGGAGAUGUCUAGUUUUGGGCGUCCGUCGCCCUCCUCCACGCCGUCGCUCUUUCCGGUGCACGUCACCCCGCCCGCUCUGCCCAAGGACGCCAACCAGAACCCGGGCAGCCCGCGGCACAGCAAGCCCCCUGGUGUAGCCGAGCUGGUGCUCCUACACAACAACAAUAACCAUCACCACAGCAACAACUCCACAUUACCACGGAUGCGGGCAGACUCUCCACCCCCCAGGGCCCCUUACAACGACCAUAAAAACCACCAGGGAAGUGAUGAUACAGACCAGACCCCCUCCUCUUCUGGCGACUCCCCGGGGGAGGGGUCGGAGACGCUCCGGAACGACUCGGAGUCUGGAGACGACCUAAGUAGCAGCUCUGCUGAACACAUGCAGGCGACGUCUCCGGCGGGGCAGGGCAGGCCUGAGUCCCCUGUCUACACCAACCUCCAGGAGCUGAAGAUCUCCCAGUCCAGCCUGCCCCCCCUUCCUUCAAGCUCCCCACUGCAUGUCCUCGGGGACUGGGAGACCCACAAGGACCUCACCGGCAGACACUUCUACUAUAACAGAGCCAGCGGCGAGCGCACGUGGAAACCGCCCCGCGUACGGGAUGCUAGUUGCAGUACCAGUAGUAGUCGGGGAGACCCCCAUGGCACGGGAGAGAUGGAGCCCCUGUCUUCCGAGGAGAACUGUCACAGCAGCACCUACUCCAGUCAGUCGGACAGUCAGUACGGCUCGCCCCCUAGAGGCUGGUCAGAGGAACUGGACGAACAUGGGCACACCCUCUAUGUCUGUGAAUAUACUCAUGAGAAGUGGAUAAAGCACGUGGACGAGCAGGGAAGGCCGUACUACUACAGCGCUGAUGGCUCCAGGUCAGAAUGGGAGCUACCCAAAUACAACUUGUCUCCUCCCCAGCCAGGCGAUCCCCCCAAGAGUCGUAGUCUGGAGCGGAAACAUCCAGACCCCAUCGUCCUGACCAAGUGGAGACACAGCACCUACGUACUAGACCUCAACGACAAGUUCUCUGUCAAAAAACUCAGGCGCUUUGAAUCAAGCCAUCACAUGGGGAGAGCUGGUCGCUCUCUUUUCUGUGGUAAACCCUCUGAGAAGUGUGGAGUCCUCAAUGUCACCAAAAUCACUGAGAAUGGCAAGAAAGUCAGGAAGAACUGGACAUCUUCGUGGACAGUACUCCAGGGCUCCUCACUGCUCUUCGCUAAAGGACAGGGGAGUGGCACCAGCUGGCCGCACUACCGUAGUGGCUCCAUCCCUGAGCUGCUGCUCACUCUGCUGGCCAACUGGAAGCGUUCGGUCAAGCCCUGCCCAGCUGUCUCCUAUGUCCACUCUGUCAAUGGGCGUGCCCCAGCUGCCACUAAGUUUGUGGGUAACCAGUCGAAGCCGGAGUUCACUGUGGAUCUCAGAGGGGGGUCAGUUGAUUGGGCAUCCAAGGAUAAGUCCAGCAAGAAGCACGUCAUUGAACUGAAGACCCGUCAGGGGACGGAGCUGCUGAUCCAAUCAGAGAUUGACAGCGUCAUCAACGACUGGUACCGAGCCCUGACAGACACCAUCAGCACACAUGCAUGGGAGUCAGAUGAGGCCAUAGAGGAGGACAUGCCUGAGUCCCCCGGUGCAGAGAAACAAGACAAGGAGAAGGACCACCGAGACUCCAAGAAAAACAGAGCGAUGAAGACGUCUAUCAGUAUGGACUCCACUGACCAGAAAAAGACUAGAGUGAAGCUGAAGAAGUUCCUGACCCGUCGACCCACCUACCAGGCCGUCAAGGACAAGGGAUACAUUAAAGACCAGGUGUUUGGCUGCAGUCUGAGCAGCCUGUGUCAGAGGGAGAACACGUCAGUGCCCAACUUUGUCACCACGUGCAUCGACCACGUGGAGACCACAGGUCUGAGUAUAGAUGGCAUAUACAGAGUGAGUGGGAAUCUAGCUGUGAUACAGAAGCUGCGCUUCGCUGUGAAUCACGAUGAACAGUUAGAGUUGGAAGACAGUAAGUGGGAGGACAUCCACGUCACCACGGGAGCCCUGAAGAUGUUCUUCAGAGAGCUGCCUGAACCACUCUUCACCUAUGACUCCUUCAACGACUUUAUCAACGCCAUCAAAUGCUCGGAUUACAAGCAGCGAGUAAACUUAAUAAAAGACUUAAUCAAGCAGUUGCCAAAACCGAAUCACGACACAAUGCAAUGCCUCUUCAAACAUCUCAGAAGGGUGAUUGACCAUGGAGAGGCCAACCGAAUGACGACCCAGAGCGUAGCGAUCGUCUUCGGCCCUACCCUGCUCAGACCUGAGACCGAGACUGGGAACAUCGCUGUUCACAUGGUAUAUCAGAACCAGAUUGUUGAGCUCAUCUUGCUGGAGUAUGAGAACAUCUUCGGCAGGUAGAAAAUAAACACCUGAUGAAGAGACCUGUGAGAGAAAGAGGAUGGUCUGGUGACUGGUCGGACCCAAUACUGCUUAUUUUUGUGACUGAAACAUUGCUGCUGUGGACCAAGCAAUUAAAGAAAGAAAAACAAAAAUGUAAUUAUUGUUCAUUUGAUAAUAAGAUUAAUAAAGGAAGCUAGUGAAUGACUUUGCACUUAACAUUUUGAGAGAGCUAAGUAUGAUGUAAAUAAAUACAGAUUUCAUUCAUUUUGGUUACAAUGCCUGCUGCGAGUAGCAGGGGGGAGCCAUUGCUUCAGGAGGAGGGUGUUGAUUGGUUGGUUGGUGAGCUGGCUGGAUCGUGUCGUCAUUGCAGUGACAAUGGACAGAGUGCAGUGUGAAUGGCGUGGAUGGAUCUCCCUUGAUGUGAUGUGAUCCAGUGGAUUUGAGUAUUCAGGGUAUAACUGUUUUACACUGGAUUCCUAUGGCCAGUAUUAAGUACAUACAACAAGAGCUUGGUGAAUAAGACUUUCAUUGUUUUGGACUGGAGUGGAACUGAAGAAGAGUAUUAUGGGAUACAUUCAUGUGCCCCGCCGGAGUGACUUCCUCCUUUCUCUGAUGACGUCGCGACACAUCAGCCGGGCACAGCCCACUCCAGAUCCUUCAAACAGCAACAACUACCCACUGAAUGACUGGCUGGGUGGGUGGUCUCUCUGUCAAAUCAAUGGAAGCCCAGAUCCUGCUACUACCAUGUGUUAUAGUAAAGACCAAGCUUGGUUGUGUGUAUUAAGACUACUCUCAUUGCUUUGUGUUGGAAUAAUAUUACGCUGAACCUCUGAACUGUAUAUUCUCAGUUUUGUGGAACAUUGACCUCUGAUAGGGCUGUCGUGGUGACCAUAUUACUGCCACACCUGCAGUCAUGACCACAGUAAAAUUCAACGUGACAAUUGAGUCACAGUAAUCUCCUUUUAUGCACUCUGGACAUGCUUUAGUAGUAACCUACUUGCUAACUACCAUCUGAUCCUAAUGGCCUGGUUUUCUGGGCUCUAUUUCCCUCUAACCACUCUGACAUUAAUGCAAAUGAAAUCGAAAUAUCACAUCAAACACUUAUCAUCAAAACAGCAGGCCUAUACAGUGUAAAACUCACCUCACUGUGAUGAUCAAUUUGAAGAAACAAGUUCAACAGCUGGUUGAAACAUUGUAAAACAUGGUUGGUGUGGAUGUUGUUUCAAAGCCUAACACAAUGAAAUGGCCACCGCUUUCAAAGGUGAUGAUUCAUUCUAAACAUCCAUAUGCAUAUUAGAGCUUAUGCAUAUUCUUAUGAGCCCAAGCCCCCCCCCCAUUCAAAAAUGUUUUACGGAAUAAAAAUAAUUAUUCUAAAAUUAUACAAUUCAUAGCCUACCACAUAUUACAAUGGCAGAAAAACAGAAAACAAAAGUGAUUUAAGAUGUAUUUGGUACAUAAUUGGUCUAGCCUUUUGAGUGUGGACUGUAUUAUUAUGCAGAAUAAUACAGAAUAUCUCACCACCAUGCAUUUCCAUCUCCUCUCUCUUAAUUUUCUCGAGCGCGCAGACAGUUUAGGGAAAUAUGUUUCGUUGCGAUGUUCCCGAACCGAUUUCAGUUGGUUUACAAAAUGAUGCACUAGGUAGCUGCAGGAACAAGAUUUGAGACCCAAUGCCAUACAGUGUUUGGGCGGAAUGUCACCUAUCGGGCAGCGAGAGCAUGCUCCUCAAACAGUGGUUGAUGCGUGCAGAGGAAUAAGUGUUUUUAUUUGUUUCUCAGCUGCUCAUAGUAAGCACAAUUCCGCUAUAAAACCGAAGUAGCCUACAAAACGGACCGUGGGGAAUGCGCGCUGCCUCCAUUCGCUGUUCAAGUGCAAACAGAUGACAUGUAUUGUUCUCCCUGUUCCUGUUCCUGUUCCUGACCAUUUAAUAAUGGGCCAUUCUAAAUCGGAACUAAUUUGACAUAUUAGUCAAGACAAGAUUAAACUGAGAAUAGUCUGAUGGGUGAAAAUAUGAGCACUUGAUGGGAGAACAGCUGUGCAGUCUGAGGCAAGGAAAAGAGCAAGCUUUUUUUUGGUACUUUCUCCAAUCAUCAAUUAGUCGCAUCAUGCAGCCCAUACAUGUUUUGAUUUCUAAGUAAUUCUAAGGUUUGUAUCAUUCACAGCUAAAGUUGCCAAAUAACUCUAAAUAUAGCAUAUAGGAAAGGGUUCAAAUGAUCACUUUUAUGCUCAACAUAGACAUUUCAUAUGCGCACUCGCGCCGUAAUGGGAAAAAUAUCCUUUCUAUUUUAUUCAGCUAAGUUCAAUUAUACUCUUACUAUAAAAUAAAAUAAUAGCAUGGGACUUAUAACCGUAUAUUGUCAGCUAAUUGGACAAGCUUACAGCCUAUGUCAUAGAGCAUAGCCAGAUAACUAAAAUAUAUUUUCUACAUAUAUUUCUUUAGAACUGACUAAAUUAAAUAAUGGAUUUGUGAUGGUGUAUAUUACAUUGAUUUAUUAGGCUUUUUUUUUUUUUUUAUGUCGACGUGCCAAAGGCAUGCAUCAGCCAGCGGCUUGUAUGCUGGAGGCCUGGAGAUACUAAUUGAGUUUUAUGUUAUUUACCGGUCAAUUACCAUGAGACGGGACAGUCUUUUGCUUGAUAAUAACCGGCUGACAAAAUGUCAUGACCGCCACAGCCCUACCUCUGACUUCUGUGAUGUUAUUGUAUGUGCCGUAUAAAGCCCCAGUGGUAUGGAUGAAUACAGAAUCAGUAUUAAAUAUGGGGUCUCUUGGAGGUGACCCUUGGAUCAACUGGAUGGGACAUUACUCAUAUGUAUUGUUUAUAUUUCCCCUACUUUUAUAAUGACAAAAUAAUUCACCAUAAAAUUCAUUCCAGGGAAAUGAACUGGACCCCCCCAGCUCUACCCUUUGACCCCAGUGAAAUCAACAGUGGUCAGUAUGUCACAUGACUGGCUUUGGGAAACAUCAAAACAAACCUGUGUUUGGUGGGAUUAAACAGUAAAUAAACUGCUUUACGUUAUGAUGAACAAUGAGCUGAAGUUUGUGUCCCAAAUGGCAUCCUAUUCCCUAUGUAGUGCACUACUUUUGACCAGGUCCCAUAUGGAUCUGAUCAGAUCAAAUGUAGUGCACUAUAGAGGGAAUAGGGAACCAUUUAGGAUGUAGCCUAAGAUCUUCCCUAAUGUGUACAGAUGUGUGUCAUUGUGAAGUCUAAUGUGCUUGGUAUGGUAGGCCUCUGCUAGUGACAGACCUUCAUAUUUGUAAAGUGGACAUGUAAGUAAAGUGUUGAGUGGCGAUUCCCUCCCUUUCCCCCCCUCUUCCUUUCUUCCCUCGUGUCAUGGAGUUACUGCAAACAGGACAAGAGAGAUGAGGAUGCCAGGGAAUAGCAGUCAACCCUAGCAUUACUAUUUCAGAUCAAUGUGUGGUCCCAAAUGGCACUCUAUUCCCUAUUUAGUGAGCUAGGCCUCAGUGCCUGCUUUAUAAUCCCUCUGCUUACCUAUGCUAAUAUGAACUGGACUGGGACUAGAGAGAAAAUUGUACUGGAAAAAUAGUAUUACAUUAAAUUAAAGUUGAUUGCAAUGGAAGGUAGAAUGCAAAAAAAGACUCUGUGAAUAUUAUGUACAGCAACCUACAUAUAAAAAUUGUCAUUGUUCAAAGUCCCUUAUAGUAAUUCAAGUAUGUAUGCUUUGAUGGUGAGUGGUUGGUUCAAGUGAAAUAUCACUACAUGAUUUUGUAAAUCUGAAUUGUCCACAAGAUUGCAUAUUGAUCCUUACAAAAGAGGAAGUUGUUUUGAAAGUGUAUCUGUAUUUUGGCGCAUGGUCAGCUGCACACUUUGAAUGUACUUUUCAGACCAACUGCUGUUUGUGACAUUGCUAUGUCUAAUUAAAAAAACAACUAAAUGGGA